AUGCGAAACCUGGUUAAAAAGGCCGUGGCCCUAGGAUCACUGGCUACAACAACCGCUGUAACGUCCAUAACCGACCCCGAUAUGAACCAGUUGCUGGAUGCCGGGGGUGUUGAACUCGCGAUGAAAGCCCAGCCCAUGUUUCUCAUGGGUCAGGCCGUGGGUAAGCCGCCGUGCAUUCCGACCUUUGCAACCGUAGAUGGCAAGCAGGCCACUCCGUCAAUCUUGUGUGCGUGGCCGGAUUCUGGGUGCCACUGUAGGAAUCCGGGGGUCCCGUGUCAAAGUCCGUUGCCGUCGUUUCCUGUAUAUUUUACGUAUUCCAGGUGUGGGGAUGGAGAGGUACGGAUUGCGUAUAACUUGUUUUAUACGAAGGAUGGGUUUGUGCCGAACAAGAUCUUUGGACAUGCGUUUGACUGGGAACGAGCAGUCGUGGUUUGGAACAAGACGGAGCAGAUUGCGGAAAAUGCUACGUGGGCACCCUCGCAAUUAUUCUUGUCCCAACAUAGGGGGUAUCAAAAGAUAAAAUGGGACCAAAUCAAAAAUACAUUCGACACCAAGGACGCGGGAUUGCCGAGGGGAGGAGGUGACGGGCGAAAGAACCUGGAUCAUCCAAAGUGCUACAUUUCGUCAGCGAAGCAUGAUAUGCAUCAGGAAAAGUCAACGGCGUGGGUUGAUGUGCUCUCACAACUUACAAACAACGCUUUCCGAUCAGACUCGUGGUGGUAUUUUCCCAAACGGGGUGAUUAUAUAUUGGCAGACGGGUCUACAAAUGUAGGCAAGUUGAUAUUGUCGUUUAGCUGGGGAGAUGCGGACUCGACACCGCCUUCAGUUGCGAAGGGACUGUGUGAAGCUUAG